AUGCUAUUCUUAUAUGUAAUUUUUGUUAUAAUUCCUUUUUUGAUAUUUUCUUUUUUCGUAUAUAGAAAUGUAUCAAAAAUUAUUCAUGAAAAAAAUAGAAGAAAUGAAUUUUUUAGUUGUUUAAAAUAUGACAACAAACAAUAUGAUGUAUAUGAUAAUUUUUCAAAUAAGUAUGAAAUAGAAAAAUAUAUUUACUAUCUAAAAGUUGAAAGAGGUAUAGAAGCUAAUUAUGAUACAGAGAUACUUGAAGGAUUAAAUGAUGAAACUAAAAAUGAAAAAUAUAAACAGAAUUUACAAUAUAUAGAAAAUAUACUAGAUGAUAUUUAUAAUGAUACUAAGUAUAUAGAAGAUAGUGAAGUAGAUAAUCCUCAAAAUAGUUGGAUGAGAAAAUUAGCUAAUGAAGACAUAGUAAAAUUAAAGGUUUUAUUACUAAAGAAAGCUAUUUGUUUUUUGCCUAUUUGUAACAAAAUAUUUCAAGAUAAAAAUAAAAAAUAUAGAUUAUAUAAUAAUUAUUAUAUUGAUGAUAAUAUGUCAAAGCAACUUGAUGGGCAAUGUGAUGAAUUUUUAGAAGAGUUUAACAGAAUCAUUUUUGAAGCAAACUGCUUAACAAAUAAAUGGGAUGCUUACCGAAUUUAUAAUCAUAAUAAAGCAAAAGCAGAAGAAGAAAAAAAAAAAAAAGAAGAAUUAAAAAAUACAUUAAAAAAACAAAAGUUAAAAGAAAAAAAAUUAAAAGAAACUACUGAAAAAGCCAAUUUAUUAGCGAAUGAAAUAAUUGAAGAGGAAAAUUCCAAAAAAAAAAAAAAAAAGAAUAAAUAA